GGAGCUCAUCGAGAGCAUCGGUCGCAAGCUGCAGGUGCUGCGGGAAGCCCGGGAGAGCCUGCUGGAGGACAUCCAGGCCAACGGGGCCCUUGGGGACGAGGUGGAGGCCAUUGCCAAGGAUGUCUGCAAGCCCAAUGAGUUUGACAAGUUCUGCAUGUUCAUCGGGGAUCUGGACAAAGUGGUGAACCUCCUGCUGUCACUGUCGGGGCACCUGGCCCGGGUGGAAAACGCCCUCAACAGUCUGGAUGACAGCACUUCUCCUGGUGAUCGGCAGUCACUGCUGGAGAAGCAGAGGGUCCUCAUCCAGCAGCACGAGGAUGCCAAGGAGCUCAAGGAGAACCUGGACCGCCCGGAGCACAUCGUGUUCGACAUCCUGGGCAACUAUCUCAGUGAGGAGAACCUGGCAGACUAUGAGCACUUUGUGAAGAUGAAGUCAGCCCUCAUCAUCAAGCAGCGGGAGCUGGAGGAUAAAAUCCGCCUGGGCAAAGAGCAGCUGAAGUGCUUGUUCAACAGCCUUCAGCCUGAAAGAGGCAAAUGUGAGACCUUCCCUGCAGGGUCCGGAGGCUGGGCCUGCGAGGCCCAUUUCCCGGGGUGCCGGUGGGAGCUCCUAGCCCGACUUCGUGUCCUGGAAGAGAAUCCUCCAAUAGCAAAAUGGCUAUUAGAAAAGCAAUAA